AAAAACUGUUUUCGAAUUCUGAGGGAAAAGCUGUGAUUUGUGAUUCGAGCUCGGCGAAUGACGAUUCGUUUUUGAAAUUGGGUUUCUGAUUGAAUGCUGUCUCAGUCUCUAAGUGUUGGUUUUUGGGGAUUUGUCGAAUUUGGAUUUUGGAGUGGAGUUGUAGUUGGAUGGGAGAAGAGGCAAUUUGUGUGGGGAAAUCGAGAGAUGGGGAAGUGGAAACAGAAAACUUCCCGAGAACUGAACUGAAGCGAGAGCACGAGUGUCUCGAAGAUGAUAGCGGGGCAGACGGGUUUCCAAACAAGAAGCAAGUGAAGGAGCAUUCCAAUGAGGAUAUAAGAUCGGAAGUAUCAAACCCCGUUGUGUCUCCGAAAGAGAAUGGCUCCAUUUUUCAGGACAUUACUAGCCAGCCUGCGGAAUUGGCAAAUAGUAACGGAACGGAGUGUGGUGAAGUUGAGUCCUCAUGUUCGGGGAAUUCAGGUGCAGAGAACUUGAGCAAUGGACAGUGUACCGAGAAUGAUAAUUGUCAAAUUGAGAACGAGACGAAUGGUGAUGUAUUGACCUCUCGUGUUGUGGUAGAAAUUCCUAAGCUAGCCAGUUCAUCUGGGAUUCGCAAGAUUACGUUCAAGUUCAGUAAGAAAAAGGAGAAUCAGACUGCGAGUAAUCAAGACUUUUCACAUGGAGGUUCUCACGAGGAGCCUGGAAUGGACUUUCAAGCGAUGCCUAGUACAAGUAGGGAGUUUCCAGCUAGUUCAUACUGGAGGCAAUGUGCUGAAACUGGCAACUUUCAUCCUUGUGCGCUUAACUCAAAGUUGGAAAGUUCUAACUAUGUAGUUCCGAGCAGCUAUCCUUCAAAUGUUAAGAAGCUAUUGUCUACUGGUAUUCUUGAUGGAGCUCGAGUGAAGUAUGUUUCCUCCCCGGCGAAGAUAGAGCUACAUGGAAUUGUAAGUGGCGGUGGUUAUUUGUGCGGCUGCUCAUCAUGCAAUUUCACCAGGGUACUCAGUGCAUAUGAGUUUGAGCAGCAUGCUGGUGUCAAGACGCGGCAUCCUAAUAAUCACAUAUACAUGGAGAAUGGGAGGGCAGUUUAUAGCAUCAUACAAGAACUGAAGACUGCUCCGCUAAGCAGUCUGGAUGAAGUGAUAAAGGAUAUUGCUGGUUCUGCUCUCAAUGAAGAGUCCUUCCGGGUUUGGAAAGAAACUCUUAAUCGAAGCGAUGGAAUGGCUGAAGUGGAGAAAAGACAUCGUGUGAAGCUUCCUAAAUUGCGUCAUCCAAUUCCAAGACCAAGCUUCCACAAUCCGUAUGCAGCUAUGUACCAGAAGAAAACUGCAGAAGGUGGCAAUAGGAAAAGGGAUAAUGAUCUCCACCGGUUAUUAUUUAUGCCAAAUGGACUUCCAGAUGGAGCUAAAUUGGCAUACUAUGUCAAGGGGCAGAGAUUACUUAGCGGCUAUAAGCAGGGAAAUGGGAUAGUCUGUAAUUGCUGUGACAGAGAGAUAAGCCCUUCACAGUUUGAAGCUCAUGCUGGAAUGGCUGCAAGGCGUCAACCCUACCGUCACAUCUAUAUUUCCAAUGGACUGACGCUUCACGAUAUAGCCAUGUCAUUGGCCAACGGCCAAAACCUGACAAUUGGUGGCAGUGAUGGCAAUGAUGAUAUGUGUGCUGUAUGUGGACAUGAUACAGGGGAUAUGAUUUUCUGUGAUGGAUGCCCUUGUGCUUAUCAUUCAGCUUGUUUGGAUUUACCACGGGUUCCUCAAGGUGAUUGGCAUUGUCCAGAUUGUAGAGAUAAGUUUGAACCCUGUAAAAAAGCUGCUGCUGGGGAAUCUUCAAAUUUUGGAAGACCUAUUGUAAUACGGUUGACACGGGUCUUCAAUGCACCUGAGUAUGAAAUUGGUGGCUGCGUUGUUUGCAGGAGCCAUGAUUUCAGUGUGGCUUUAUUUGAUGAACGAACUGUUAUAAUCUGUGAUCAGUGUGAGAAGGAGUUCCAUGUUGGCUGCUUACGGAACAGUGGAUUAUGUGACUUAAAAGCACUCCCCAAAGAUAAAUGGUUUUGUUGUGAUGACUGUAACAGGAUUCAUGCAGCUUUACAGAAUUUAGUACUCAGUGAAGCAGAGUGUGUUCCAGCUUCAUUAUCAGAUACAAUAAUCCGGAAGCAUGCAGAUAGAGGUAUAUUUAUUAACGGAAUGGCAGAUGUUCAAUGGCGAGUUUUCAGUGGAAAGAAGCGCUAUCCGGAACACCUACCCUUCCUUUCAAGGGCUGCUGCUAUUUUUCGAGAGUGCUUUGACCCUAUUGUUGCAGAGUCUGGUCGUGACUUGAUCCCUGUUAUGGUAUAUGGGAGAAAUAUUUCAGGUCAAGAGUUUGGAGGCAUGUACUGUGUAGUUUUAAUAGUGGGGUCUGUUGUUGUAUCUGCUGGUCUCCUUAGGGUUUUUGGUCGGGAGGUUGCUGAGCUUCCUAUUGUUGCUACUAGUAGGGAACAUCAAGGAAAAGGUUGUUUCCAAGCAUUAUUUUCAUGUAUAGAGAGGCUACUUAUUUCUCUGAAAGUGGAAAAACUGGUUCUCCCCGCGGCUGAGGAAGCUGAGUCAAUCUGGACGAGGAAAUUAGGAUUUAGAAAGAUGAGAGACGAGCAAUUAUCGAGAUACAUGAGGGAAGUGCAGUUGACAAUUUUCAGGGGGACGUCAAUGCUAGAAAAGGUGGUGAAGUUGACGGAUUGACAACUUGUCAAUUUUCCGUGAUGUUCGAAGUUAGAUUUAGUUUUUCUUUUACAUGUUAGUUUUUUCUUUUUCGCGCUUCAAUUCUCGUGUAAUAUUGCUGCUAUUUUUGGUCCCGCUAGUGAUUCACCUCUCCAAUAAGCAGCAGUUUGAGGAUUUUUUUUAAAGAAAAAUAUUAUUGAAGAAACUGGAAUUCGAGAGUAAAAGGAGGAAGAUGAGUAAGAAGAAUGUAUGUAAAAAGAGAAGAAAAAGAAGUGCAUGCUGACCUUUUAACCUGCACGCAUCCCACAUUUUUAUUUGGUCACCGAAUGACGAUAAUGUUUCACAUUUUUC